GCCUGGGUGGAAAUGGGCCCCAAAUUGCAGAACGCAGGAGCGCUCCAAGUCCAAGUUCCAAUCCAGUCAUGGUUUGCACUUUCCCAUGGCCAGACCCAUACCACCUCCACCGCCAUGUCUCCUCCUCUUGUCUAAAAAGCAAAAGGAUCCCCAAAUUGCUCUCUUCCAGUAGUACCAUCAUCAAGUAAAGGAAAGGAAAAGCUGAACAGCCGUCGGCAACUAGCGGGGGAGCGAGCGAGAUAAAGAGAGAGAUAGAAACAGAGGGUGCCGAAUCCAAUGCCCUCUUCCAGUCUACUAUCAAUUUCCGGCUGCUUCUUCUGUUCUGUUCUCUCCUUGUUUACUGCUGUUGCCUUUGCGGGCGAUCCUUAUAUUUUCUAUGAUUGGACUGUCUCUUACAUCGCUGCCUCCCCUCUUGGCGUUAAACAGCAGGUGAUUGGAAUUGAAGGACAGUUCCCUGGACCAAUUCUCAAUGUCACCACAAACUGGAAUGUUGUUGUAAAUGUCAAGAAUAAGCUCGAUGAGCCACUUCUUCUCACAUGGAAUGGCAUACAACAAAGGAAAAACUCAUGGCAGGAUGGUGUCUUAGGGACCAACUGUCCCAUACCUGCCGGUUGGAAUUGGACUUAUCAGUUUCAGGUUAAAGACCAGAUAGGGAGUUUCUUUUAUUUCCCUUCAUUGAGCUUUCAGAGAGCUGGUGGUGGAUAUGGAGGAAUCAUCAUAAACAACAGAGACGUGAUUCCUGUACCCUUUGGAACUCCAGAUGGAGAUAUCACUCUCUUUAUUAGUGAUUGGUACACCAAGAGUCAUAAGGACCUGAGAAAACAUAUUGAAAAGGAAAUCGAUCUUGGAGCUCCUGAUGGCAUCCUCUUCAAUGGAUUAGGUCCUUAUCGCUAUGAUGACGCACUGGUUCCUAAUGGUAUUCCCUAUGAGAUGAUAAAUGUUGAACCAGGAAAAACAUACCGCUUCCGUGUACACAAUGUUGGCAUCUCUACAAGUUUGAAUUUCAGAAUCCAAAAUCAUAACUUGCUUCUGGUAGAGACUGAAGGGUCAUACACUGUUCAGCAGAACUAUGCAAAUAUGGAUAUUCAUGUGGGCCAGUCAUACUCAUUCUUGGUCACAAUGGACCAAAAUGCUACCAGUGAUUAUUAUGUUGUUGCCAGUCCCCGGUUUGUUAAUUCAUCUGCUUGGGCUAGGACUGCAGGAGUUGCUAUACUGCACUACUCUAAUUCUCAGGGGCCAGCUUCAGGUCCUCUUCCAGAUCCCCCCAAUGAUGCUGACCCAUUUUUCUCAAUGAAUCAAGCGAGGUCCAUAAGAUGGAAUGUUUCUGCUAGUGCUGCUCGCCCAAACCCCCAGGGUUCUUUUAAAUAUGGAGAUAUUACUGUGACUGAAGUCUAUGUGAUCCUUAAUAGACCUGCUGAACUUAUUGAUGGAAAUUGGCGCACCACGCUCAACGGCAUUUCAUAUUUAGCACCUUCAACACCGUUGAAGCUUGCCCAGCAAUUUGACAUUCCUGGCAUUUACAAGCUUGAUUUUCCAAAUAGACUGAUGAGCAGACCUGCAAAGGUUGAUACAUCUAUAAUUAAUGGUACCUACAAAGGUUUCAUUGAAAUCAUAUUGCAGAACAAUGAUACUUCUGUUCAGAGCUACCAUCUUGAUGGCUAUGCAUUUUUCAUCGUGGGAAUGGAUUAUGGAGUAUGGACAGAGAAUAGCAGAGGAACUUACAACAAAUGGGAUGGCGUUGCUCGCUCCACUACUCAGGUGUUUCCUGGAGCUUGGACUGCCGUUUUAGUUUAUCUGGACAAUGAUGGCAUUUGGAACCUUCGUACACAGAAUUUGAACUCAUGGUACCUGGGCCAAGAAGUUUAUCUGAGUGUGGUGAAUCCAGAGAUCACAGAAAAAUCUGAGAUGCCACUACCUGAGAACACCAUCUACUGUGGCCUACUCUCACAAUUACAAAAGGACCAGUCUCAGAGAGUUAAGUUCUCUGGUGCUCCUUCUCCCCUGGCAAAAGUAAACAGAACAUUUGUUAUUGCAUUUGCUGUUGCUUUAUUGGCAGCUUUCAUCAGGUAGGUAAUAAACUUGCACAAAAAUGUAACUCCGCAUUAUGAAUCAAUCAAUCAUGCAUGUGGGGACGAUUUGCUUAAUUCCAUGGAAGUUGAGAAUGAAGAUAGAUUAGUCAAGUCCCAUUGUGUUGCUUGUAUUGUAUCAUCAUGUAAUUUCGAUGCCUUGUGGCAUGAUUAUGAAAUCAUUGUUGCAAUGUCGAAUUUUGUAAUUACUUGACCAUGCCACUUAAUUAGUGGAUCGGUAGAGAAGAGAGUAAUGCAAUUGUUAUUAUUAUUUAUCAA